CGCGUACAAGGUAAAGAUUUCAUUUUUUGUGAUUUGAAAACUGUUUGAAAUUUUUAACUUAAAAUGGACAAAAGAAUUAAAAUGGAAAUAAAGAAAGCGGACGAUGUUGAUGGUUCGAAGAUGGUAGUGUUAAUUUCCAAAACAGGCGGACGUUUCGAAGUAGAUGAGGAUAUAUUGCUUCGAGCCAGCGGAUAUUUCGAGGGCCUCGUAAACAGUGGAAUGCGAGAUGCACGCUUCAAAGAACUUACACUAGAGUUGAUGUCGGAUGAGAGUUUGAUCGAAAUUUGCGAAUUUUUGUCAAAGCUACUAAAUGAUAACAGAAAUAAUGGUUAUCAGUGUACGAAGUCGAAAUCAUACAAAAUGCUGAAAGAGGGAUUGAAAGGAGCAUCGUAUCUGCAAAUUUGUAGCAUGAUUCACGUGUACAAUGACUUGCUGUCCAAAUAUUUGUCAACAUUUCCGCGUAUAUUAAAAUUUGCAUCCAAAUACAUGUUGCCUGACGUUUUGAAUAAUGUCCGUGAGUACGUCACGGAGAAUUUCAGAAAACUUGGUAUGACAUCCAGCGUGUUAAAGUUGGCACCGGAUGACAUUUGUUACCUUCUUGAAUCUGAUUUUUUCAAUGCAGAAAGCGAAUUUGAUAUCUUCAAUUUCGUUAUUCGUUGGAUAUCUGCCGAUGAAUCAAGGAGACAACAUGCAGAGAAAUUGUUAACCGGGGUGAGGUAUGGUCUGAUGACAACCGGCGAAUGGCAGAGAAGUAACGAAAUACUUGAUGAACUCGAGCUGAACAUUAACAAAAAGGAAAAGGUUGUGGAAAAUUUCCGCUCAGUUGGAACGAUAUUUGCUCUUGGAUCAUCCCCUUUCAAAGACGUUCAGCCUCAAGUACUCUCGGUUUAUGAUUUCAUUAAAACGUUUGAGGAGGAAAGGAAAGAUGCCAGAUCAGAUUCCGUACAGUUCAGAACUGCCAACAGGCUGGGACCACUUGUGCCAUGCUGUAGAUACAAAGUUUGCAUGGUAGAUAAGUGCUUAUAUUUGGCUGGCGGAGGCAUUGUACCCCAGCGCUUAACGGAUGAGAUCCAUGUUUUCGAUCUCACCGACUCAACCUGGACACAGUGCUCCAAAAUGAAUGUUCCAAGAAAAAAUUUCUACUUCGGUGAAAUGAACGGACACCUGUAUGCUGUUUCCGGUCGCUCGUUCAUUUCACUCACUGGAACAGUUGAAAAAUACGUUCCUCGGGAAGACAGGUGGCUCAUGUCGGCGCCUCUGCCAGUCGAGACUUUUAAUUUGGCAGGUUGUGUUUGCAACGGCAGGAUGUACGUCAGCGGCGGUUUGAACGCGCACGGAACGUCGAAGCAAGUAUGGCGGUACAUUCCUGAUGGAAGCGAAUGGACGGAAAUGGCUCCAUUGCUGAAUGAACGAAUGGACCACGUUAUGACCACCUUGGGAAACAGAUUGAUCGUAAUUGGGGGCAGAAAAUGUGAUUUCGACUCGGAGAAUGUGAUGUCAGGAGAGGUUUAUGAUUCUGAAGCUGAUCAGUGGACACGCUUGCUGACGUUGAAGAAGCCUGCCAUUAACUCCGCAUUUCUCAACAUCAACGACUGCCUCUACCUAUUUGGAACUGAGAAUUUUGAAAGUGAUAACUACUUCUUUGUCUCGUCCUCUGUUGAAACCUUCGUUCAGAAAAUUAAUUUGAGCAGAUGGGUCUUGAGAUUCGCUCUGAACUUCGCAAGUGAUGGAGAAGUAGUCAGAGAAUAUUUCUACAUCUGUGGUCAGCAUCUCUACAUCCGUGGUCAGUAUCUCUACAUCUGUGGUCAGUAUCUCUACAUCUGUGGUCAGUAUCUCUACAUCCGUGGUCAGUAUCUCUACAUCUGUGGUCAGUAUCUCUACAUCUGUGGUCAGUAUUUCUACAUCUGUGGUCAGUAUCUCUACAUCUGUGGUCAGUAUCUCUACAUCCGUGGUCAGUAUCUCUACAUCUGUGGUCAGUAUCUCUACAUCUGUGCUCAGCAUCUCUACAUCUGUGAUCAGUUUUGA